AUGACAAUCACAAAAGAUCAUAAAGUCCCAUACAUCAAGACUCCAUUAGUUGAUUGUAAAGAACUAUCAGAACAAUCACCAUGUAGAAUAUUCCUAAAGCAAGAAUUCAUUCAACCAUCGGGUUCUUACAAAAUACGUGGACUUUCAAAUUUAAUUAGAACUUCAAUUGAAGAAAUUAAAUCAAAUCCUAAUAAUUUGGGUAAAACAAUUCAUGUUUAUGCUGCUUCUGGUGGUAAUGCUGGUAAUGCUGUCUCUUGUGCUUCUCAAUUUUAUGGAUUAGAAUCAACAGUUGUUAUACCAAAAGCUACAAGUGAUAAAAUGAAGCAAAAAAUCUUUAAAAAUGGAUCAAAAAUAAUUGUUCAAGGUGAAACUAUUGGUGAAGCUGCAAUUUAUUUAAAAGAUGUCUUAAUCCCUUCAUUAGAUGAUUCUAUUAUACCUAUCUAUUGUCAUCCUUAUGAUAUCCCAGCUAUAUGGCAUGGUCAUUCUUCUAUUAUAGAUGAAAUUGUUGAUCAAUUGGCCUCUUCAAAUGAAUUAUCAAAAUUAAAAGGUAUUGUUUGUUCAAUUGGUGGUGGUGGACUUUAUAAUGGUUUAGUUCAAGGUUUACAAAGAAAUCAAUUAUCAAAAAUUCCAAUAAUGACUUUAGAAACAGAUACUUGUCCAACUUUCCAUGAAUCUAUUAAAGCACAAAAACAAGUAUUCAUUAAAAAAACCAAUACAAUUGCAAUUUCUUUAGCUUGUCCUUAUGUCUCUUUGAAAACUCUUGAAUAUUAUAAUUCUCACAAGACUAAGAAUUUAUUAGUUAGUGAUUCUGAUGCUGCAAAUUCUUGUUUAAAUUUUGCAAAUGAAUUUAAUAUUAUAGUGGAACCUGCUUGUGGAGUUGCUUUGUGCAGUGUUUAUAAUAAUUUGAUUCAAAAAAAUAUUGAAUUUUUUGAUGAUUUAAAAUCUGAUGAUAUUGUGGUUAUUAUUGUUUGUGGUGGGAGUUCAACAACCGUUCAAGAUUUAACAAAUUAUAAACUACUCUAUCAUUAG